AGGGGGCUCCUGCAUCUCCUCCCUGAUUGGCCAACAGGGCUGGGUAGAUGACUCCCGCUUGAUGAGACCCUCACUCGUUUACAUGUCAACACAAUACAUGUUGCAUUUCUCCUUUGCUCCCUAUUCAGUUCGGUAUAUAAUAAGAAGACCUGGGCCCAGAGCUAAUUUCAGUCACAGUAGCUUCAACUUUGUUUUCAGGAAAUCAGCAAGCAUGGCAGCAAAUAGACCAGUAUUCUUUUUCGACAUUGACAAUUGUCUCUAUCCUAAGAGCAAAAAGGUCCAUGACCAUAUGUCCAGAUUGAUCGACGAGUACUUCAUGAAGCACUUGAAUCUCACUCAAGAAGACGCAUACAAGCUCCACCAAGAGUACUACAAAAAUUAUGGUCUUGCAAUUGAAGGACUUACUCGCUAUCAUAAAAUUGAUCCUCUGGAGUAUAAUCGCCAGGUCGAUGAUGCCAUCCCCCUCGAGGACAUCCUCUCACCAGAUCCAUCCCUUCGGAAACUACUUCAAGACAUCGACACCACCAAGGUUAAGCUUUGGCUCUUCACCAACGCCUAUAUCACUCAUGGAAAACGGGUUGUUCGAAUCCUCGGUAUCGAUGAUCUGUUUGAAGGCAUGACUUUCUGCGAUUACGGACAGUAUCCCAUCGUUUGCAAGCCUCGUGAAGAAAUGUAUGUGAAAGGGAUGAAGGAGGCAGGAGUAUCAGACUUCAAGGAUUGUUACUUCGUUGAUGACUCUGGUCUGAACUGCACCGAGGCUGAGAAACUCGGCUGGUCUGCUGUGCAUCUGGUUGAAGCAGGUGACCCUUUGCCUGCCGUCAAGCCGUGUAAGAACCAGAUCAGAAGUCUGGAAGAACUCAGAAACGUCUUUCCACAGUUUUUCAAGAGCUCAUAGACGGGACUUAUUGCAUAGGUUGAUGCUUGGUCGAAGGAUUGUGUUACGCUACUACAUGGCUGGGCAAUGAGACAAAACAAAUCUUGCGCGACAUGGCGGAGCUACACAGCAAGUUUGGUAAUAGACGGUUGAUAGAGCACCUGUAGAAAGGCGCCGCUGGUUCAUACAUAAUAAGAUUCAAUUCAUCAAAGGGAAGUGUGCUGGCUUCAUAGAGAAUCCUAACGCCAUUCCCAUCAUCCAGGGUAUUCCCAAACUCCAUCCCAAACCCAAGCCUCUUAAAAUUACCCAGUAAUUGAUAGCUAAUCCCUAAGGCCUCUUGAUGCUUCUAAUAACACUCUCCAACCUUGCUAGAAUCUCCUCGUUCUCCUUCAGCGCAACCUUGUGUAUCUCGUCCUGUGCCUUGAUCUCCUGCUCUAACUGCCUGAUCAUUCGUUCCUGGUCUUUUUCGCUGUUUUCUAGACCGGGAAGGACUGAGAUGAGGAACUCAAUUUGCUGCUCUUUGAGGAUCAAGUCCUGCGCGAGCUCGCGUUGCGCUGCUUUGAAGACGUCGGCUGGAUCUGGAGUUACUGCAACGGGGCUUAGCUCAGAGAACCAGUAGGUAACGAUCAUCGUAUAAAUAUACCGUCUGGUUCCUUUCCAGCUGCGUCGCCAUCGUUCUUUGCAUCCUGUCGUACAGUGUCGUUUGGCCCGAGUGUUGCAUAAUCGUGGUGUUUGUGGACGUAGAAAAGAGAUGCAACGAAUUGAUUUGCCAGCUUUGGAGGGUCAGCACUGAGGCCAGACUGGCAAGAUAGAGCUUACCUGAUCAACAGCAUCCUGCAGUUGCGUUAAUCGGUCUGUCAUGGUGGCAUACGGGUUUGAGGUUAUUC